ACUCCCAUCUCAGUGACAUCAGCAGGUUGAAGGUUUGGCCAAGCUCUCGUCUUCGCCAGCAGGAUAAAAAGCAUGAGGAGCAGCCGGCGGAACAGAGCGCGUCUGAUUUAGACUGCUGAUCCCCUGGAUCCGAUCAGGGCCGCACAGGGACGGUGAAGGGGAGAAGCAGGGAGAUCCUCCGCAUCAUGUUGGGCAACAAAAAGAAAGCAGCAGCGCAGGUGAAGAACGGAGCCGGGACGUCCCAGUCGAAGGCCAUCGAUCCUCUGAGGAAUCUGGGAGUGCAGGAAGAUGAAGAUGUCAAGAGGAUGCUGCAGGGCUCCAGUAUGGUGAAGGUCCGCUCGCCUCGCUGGCAGAAGCGAAGGACUCUGAAGCUACUGGAAGAUGGCGUCACAGUCUGGUGUCAGUCACAAAAAACGUCCAGCCGGGCCAAGGAGCAACAAUCCUUCUCUGUCUUGGAGGUGGAGUGCAUCCGUGAAGGUUGCCAAUCGGAGAUGUUGCGUCAGCUGGCUGGCUCAAUACCCGAGGGCCGGUGUCUAACAGUGGUCUUCAAAGGGUCCCGCAAGAGCCUAGAUCUCCUCUGCCAGAGCCACGAGGAGGCCCAGCACUGGGUGCGUGGUAUCCGAACCCUGCAGGGGAGAGUGCAAAACAUGACACAGAAGGAGAAACUUGACCACUGGAUUCAUGCUUAUCUGAGUCGGGCCGACCAGAACCACGAUGAUAAGAUGAGCUAUGACGAGGUGCAGACGUUGCUCCAGAUGAUCAAUAUUGACCUGAGUGAUCAGUAUGCCCGCAGCCUCUUCCAGAAAUGUGACCGGUCUGCUGACGGUCGGCUGGACCACGGAGAGAUUGAGGUUUUCUGCAGGGAAUUGUUACGGAGACCAGAAUUGGAUGCAGUGUUCACCCGCUACUCUGCAAAUGGCUGUGUACUUUCCACCGUGGACCUGAGGGAUUUCCUGAAAGACCAGGGGGAGGAUGCUUCACUCACCCAUGCCCAAAGCCUCAUACUCACCUAUGAACUUAAUGAAUGGGCCCAGAAGAACCAAUUCAUGACGGCCAAUGGUUUCACUAUGUACAUGCUGUCAAAGCAGAACUGUGUGUUUAACCCGGAACAUGCUAUGGUUUACCAAGACAUGAACCACCCAUUGUCGCACUAUUUCAUCUCCUCCUCCCACAACACCUACCUCACCAAGGACCAGUUGACUGGGGACAGCAGCACUGAGCCGUACAUACGAGCUCUGAGUCAUGGCUGUCGCUGUGUGGAACUGGACUGUUGGGAUGGAGAUAAAGGGGAACCAGUCAUCUACCAUGGACACACACUCACCUCCAAAGUGCCAUUUGUUGAAGUCAUUGAGACUAUCAAUGAGUAUGCUUUUAAAGCUUCACCCUACCCUUUAAUCCUGUCCCUGGAAAACCACUGCUCUGUGGAGCAGCAGACACUAUUGGCUCGACACCUGCGAUCCAUCCUGGGGAACAAGUUGCUCACCAAGCCCCUCGAUUGCCAGGAUUCUCGUUACUUGCCCUCUCCAGAGGAUCUUAAGGGCAAAAUCCUGGUAAAGGGGAAGAAGGAGAAGACAGAGGUGGACCAAUGUUCAUCCAGCUCAUCAGACCUCAGCUCUUCAGAUGAGGAGGCCAGACGGAGCGAAUGCAAACCCACGAGAAAACAGGAAAGCAAGUCAGGUGUUUCUAAGCUGAGUCCAGCGCUGUCAGAGCUGGUGGUGUACACUCGCAGUGUUCCCUUCAAAAGCUUUGAGCAGGCUGCCAGAAGUCCAGCAGCAGACAUGUCGUCUUUCUCUGAAAGUGAAGCCCUCAGACAUAUUAAAGACUCAGGGAUGUAUUUUGUCCGUCACAACAGCCACCAGCUCAGUAGGAUCUACCCCUCAGGUCAACGCCUCCAGUCCUCCAACUAUAAUCCUCAGGAGAUGUGGAACGGAGGCUGUCAAAUUGUUGCUCUGAAUUUCCAGACACCUGGUGAGCAGAUGGACCUAAACCGAGGCAGGUUCUUGCAAAAUGGCCAAUGUGGGUACAUCCUUAAGCCUCCCUUCAUGUGCCAGCCUGAUACCACCUUUAACCCAGAGAAUGUUGGAGGAGGUCCUGGCCACAGUCCUGUCCUGCUGAGUGUUCAGAUUAUUUCAGCUCAGCAGCUGCCCAAACCAGAGUGGGAGAAGCCUAGUUCCAUUGUGGACCCACAAGUGUGGGUGGAGAUCCAUGGUGUUCCCAUUGAUAACAAUAAGAAGAAAACACAUCAUGUCGACAACAAUGGCUUUAACCCACGCUGGGACUGUACCUUUAACUUUACCGUCCAUGUACCUGACUUGGCCCUUGUCCGCUUCAUGGUGGAAGACCAUGAUUAUACGUCAAGCAAUGACUUUCUGGGACAGUACACCCUGCCUUUCACCAGUCUACGUACAGGUUAUCGUCAUGUCCGACUUCUCAAGCUGGAUGGUUCUAGCCUUUCACCCUCUUCUCUCUUUAUCCAUGUAAAGAUCACCCCCUGUGAAAGAAGUCCCUCCAAAUCAUCGGCAAAAUCACCAGUCAAGUGUACAACCAAGAGACCCUAAUGCCAUCUCUACCCAUGCAACAUGAACAUCCCAUGGUGGCCUAUUGGACAUUUCUGCCUUGAUCCAAAUACAGGAUCUAGGCCUUAAAUUGUAGAAGUCGGACUUUAUGACCCUCUCUUGCAGGUCUUGCAGCAGUAACAUUGUCCCGUUUACAAUUUACGGAACAAGAGGAGAAAUAGUCCAAUUGAUCAGUAUUUAAAAGUUAUUAAGAAAGAAAGCAGCUAGGUUUGUGAUGACUGUCAGAGACAUGUCAUUUCUAGGAUGUCUAGACAAAGGCCAGGGCAAUAGACUAAAUCUUGGUUGGUGAGUUUAAGAGCACUCCAAGAAAAACCUACAGACCACCCAUUAAAGCAGCAUUCUGGAAACUACAUUUAUUGUUAUACUACACAAGACCACGACCAUGGUGCUAAAUUUUGGAAUUUCUGACUUACAUUUAACAAAUGUAGUGUCAUGACUUCUUCAGAAAAGAUGUUUUUUUUUAGACAUCUAUUUUUUGAACUAUUUUAUCUGACUUUUCUGGCAACUAUUACUGAAACCAAAAGGCCUAAAUCCUCAUUGGAGAUCCUUGAAGAGGACAUCGGCCAUAAAAUGAUAAAAGAUAUUUUCUGAGCAUUUUGCCACCGUGUUUGGAAGCAAAAUGUACUCCAUGUAGAAGGAACUGUUGGUCCUAAUGCUUGGUAAUAACUCCAGCCAUACUGGUCAUGAAGGGGUUCUCUCCCCACUGUUCUAAAAAACUGGAGAUAAAGUCUGCUGUGAAAAUACAUUCUAAAGUUCAACUGAAGCUCAGAAGUUGUAUAAGGUGGACUCAUUAAUAUACUUAGCUCACUGGUCUGAGUGGUAAAUCAAUGAGGUAAAAGUUUUUAUAUUGACAAUCAUGUAGCCCUGCAUGUUAGUUAUCAACUUCUUAGUGAGUAAAGCUUUGCACUUAAAUUAGAGAAUGAGACAUUUUAUUGGAUGAAAAUGUUAGAGUUCGUUCCUGACAAAUCAAACUAACAAAAAAAAUAAUUGUAAGUUUCUGGUUAUUACAGAAACAAGUCAAGCAAGUUUUCCUAUUUAAACCUCAACUUCCCACAGUCUCUCAGAACCGUCUUCAAGACAAUUCCGGUUGCCUUUCUUCAGUUUUUAAAUACCAUGACCUGGAUGACUGAGAACCCUCACAGACAUAUUCCUCUAACACAGACUGUGGUUGGUUGUCUCCAUCAGCCUCUCUUGAUUGGGUAGUUGUGGGGUAGACCUGUCUGCUGUGGGUCCCUCUGUAGUGGAGUAUACUGUAUAACUUCAUUAUCAGCAGGACAAAUAAUUACAUAAACUAAUAAUACAUCUAUCAAUAUAUGCACGGCAUUUGAAUACAGUUUUACAGACAUUUGUGAUAAAAAAAAUUCUAGUUUUAAGGUUUAGUUGUUUCAGUUUUUCCAAAGGCUUUGUGUAGUAUGAGACCAACAGAUUUGGGAUGAAUUGUGAACAAAGCUUUUAAUAUCUAUAUGACCUACCUUCGAAUCAUCUAGGAUGAUGCAAUCUGAGCAUUGACCAAAAAAAAAAAAUAAGAUUGCCAAAAGAACAAACCAUUACAACACAUUUUUAGAAACACUGUAGUGAUGGGGUUACUAAAAAUCUGUGUAUAUUUACAACUUACCGUCGACUACAUCAUUAAGGUCUGAAGUCUUAUGUAUUGCACUUGUGUGCUGAUUACAAUUUAAAAUUUUUUAUCUACCUGUAUACUUGGAUGAAAGAUACCUGGGAAAACAGAUUUUACUAAUCUCCUAUUCUAGGAAUUUUGUUUCUUGUUUACAUCAAAGUGGAGACUGCGCAGAAUAAGGACUGUAGCCAGAUAGAUUAAGUGUAUGUGAAAGCAUGGAUUGUCUUCUCCUUUACAGUUACUUUGCCGCAUGUUACCACAUGACUGAAGUUUAGAAGGUUGCAUUGUUGAUUAAAGCUAUGUACAGUUAAAAAAAAAAAAAAAAAACACAUUUAAAGUAAAAUGAUGAUACAGUAUUUCCCCAGGUAUGUAUGCUAAGGUCCCACAUUAAUGCUUUAUACCUCAAGAUAGAAAAAUCCAAACCCUUUCUUUUAUGUCACAUACUAAAACAGCUCUUAGUGUACAUGUGCUACCAGUCUCAAACCGAGCAACCACGUAUAAUAUAUCAAUUGCCAUGUGAAAAAUAGACUUUAUUUUAUAGAUAACAGAAGACUGAAUCUCUAUAAUGAAGAACAGCUUAUGUUUCUGCUUGUCUAAUGAGCUGUGAAAACAAGGGGUCAUUCAGCAUUUAAACCUCAUCCCAGUACAAUAUGUUGUAGCUUAGUUUUGAUUACAUUCAUACAUUUGUUGUUUCUUUUUAUCUGUGCUUGACUAAAACCAAACUAUUGUAGCUAGACAUUUUUUUUUUUACAUUGAUGAUGAUGUGCACUAGAUAGAUCUGCUGCCUUAUUGUUAGCCUGUUAGAUGGCAUAUACUGUACAGUACAUUAAUAUGCUUCAUAGUUGCAGUUUUGUUAUAUCCAUAUUGUCAUUGUUUAUUAUGUGUUUAUUGUGUCAGUUUGAUUGAUGAUCCUGGCCACUGUGACAGAAAGACUUUAUUUUUGUCUGGUCAAAUAAGAUUUCAUUUUUAUGUUAGACGUCAGUCUGUUAAAUCACAUACUAAAUGUCUAAGAUGUCUAGAGUAGUAAACAUAUUUCUAAAUUAAUAUAUUCAGCUGAUCUCACAGAGAACUUUUGACUUUAAAGAGGUUUUCAUUCAGGGCUGGGCACUGGAAAAUACAUUUAAUAUUACUCUUCAACAACUGUAAAGUAUGGCAUUGUAUGUCAAACAAUAUUUUUCAUCACAGAAAGCCUGUUGAAGGAACAUUGUUGCUGUCAAAUGUUUUGGAACUAUCAAUUUAAAAGACAACCCAGCCCUUUUUUUUAAAAGAAGUCGGGAACACUAACAUUUACAUACUGUAUGUGGUUGAGAAAAAUACCAAAGUUUCUUUUUUUUUCUACUAUAGCUGUGAUUAAAAAAAGCUGUAAAACAAAAGC